GAGGGGAGAGCAGAAGAGCCCGGGGGAAGGAAGGGACCGACGGAGGUACCGGGGCCCGACCCUCUUCUCGUCCCUGUCCCGGCCCGGAACUCCUGGAGUGGAGCUGCCGCCCGCCUCCUUUCAGCGGGAUUUGUGCUAAAUGCGGGCGCCCCAGGACGCCCCGGAGGAUGGGUUGUGCGGAAGUUGGUACCCGUGCCCGGGAAGCCUGCCGGGCUUUCCUCGGCUUUGAGGUUCGGUUCCCCGCGAGUGAGCGGCUCGGCGUGGCUGGACGCCUUGUUCAGCCUAGCAGGCCCCCUUACUGCCCGGCCGUCAGGUGUCAUGUUUAAUACUGGACUUGGACAGCAUAUUUUGAAAAAUCCCCUCAUUGUUAAUAGCAUCAUUGAUAAGGCUGCCUUAAGACCAACAGAUGUGGUGCUAGAAGUUGGUCCUGGAACUGGAAACAUGACUGUGAAACUACUAGAAAAAGCUAAAAAGGUAGUUGCUUGUGAACUUGACCCAAGGCUAGUAGCUGAACUUCACAAAAGAGUUCAGGGAACGCCACAGGCAAGCAAACUUCAAGUGAUGGUUGGUGAUGUUUUAAAAACUGACUUGCCAUUCUUUGAUGCAUGUGUGGCAAAUUUGCCUUAUCAGAUCUCUUCUCCAUUUGUCUUCAAGCUGUUGCUGCAUAGACCUUUUUUUAGGUGUGCUAUACUUAUGUUCCAGAGAGAAUUUGCUCUCCGUUUGGUUGCAAAACCAGGAGACAAGCUAUACUGCAGACUUUCCAUCAAUACUCAAUUACUAGCACGAGUGGAUCAUCUGAUGAAAGUUGGGAAGAAUAACUUCAGACCUCCACCAAAAGUUGAGUCAAGUGUUGUACGGAUAGAACCUAAGAACCCACCACCACCUAUCAAUUUCCAGGAGUGGGAUGGUCUAGUGAGGAUAACAUUUGUGAGGAAAAACAAGACUUUGUCUGCAGCAUUUAAGUCGAGUGCAGUGCAACAGCUUUUGGAAAAAAAUUACCGAAUUCACUGUUCAGUCCAUAAUAUUGCAAUACCAGAAGAUUUCAGCAUUGCAGAUAAAAUACAGAAAAUCCUAAUGGACACAGGUUUUAGUGACAAACGGGCCCGUUCCAUGGAUAUAGAUGACUUCAUUAGAUUGCUACAUGGAUUCAAUGCAGAAGGCAUCCAUUUUUCUUAGGCAGACUAAAAGAGGAUACUCCAAAAAGAACAAGAAGCUGUAAUUUUACUUUCUUAGACUGCUGAUAUAAUGAAGGCGGACCUCUAUUUUUUACAAGGAUAACCACCAAACACCUUGCAGGUUUUAUGACUAAAAGUCAUCCUGAAAUGUCUUUUUAUUGUUUUUAAGGGCGUAUUUGUUCUGUACUAUACAUUUUCAAACUUUACGUAACUUUGGGUGUGGGAUGGCCAACUCAUUGACCCUCCAGAUCAAAUCGAGUUCUUUCCAAAAGUUAAUAGCCGCAAUACACGCACAAACAUAACACAUGAAUCUUUUCAGUUCUACCUGUUCAUCUUCUAAAACUAACAUUUUAUUUAUUGUGUUAAUUCUAUUUUUAGGGCCCUUUUCUUUUGCUUGCUUAUUGGGAUAGAUGAAAGGUAUGCCUUUUAUAUAGAAAAUAUGCUUCAUUAUUAUUCUCUUUCCCAGUCUCCUAUUUAUCUAAUAUUCAUUUCCCUCAUUCUCCUCAUGAACUUUUCAUUUUCAUUUAUUCAUUUGCAUUCCUCUAACCUUUCUUUGAACUUAGUUCCCUUUUCCAUUACAGUGGGUAGAGUGGUAUACUGAAAGAAAGAUGGAACCUGAGAUUUAUUCUCAAUUUAUCUCUGAUGUCACAAUAGCUUUGUGACUUCAGGCAAGACACUUCACCUCUGGACCUCAAAUUUCCUCAAAUGAGGGAGUUAAGAUUAGAUGAUCUGUAAGAUCCUUCCCAGCUAUGAAAUUUGGUGACUUACCAGAAGUCAAAGUGGUAGGAUUAUGAGUCACCUCACAAAAAUUAUACUCUCCAGUGAUAUGUUUAUGUGUUUUAUAUACACAUAAACAACGAAGAAAAUAAAAUUUCUACAAAUUU